UCAGUGAAAAAAAAAAAAACAAAAAAACAAAAAACUGAAAAACAAAACCCACGCUAAGCCCACCCAACAUCACGCGAAGAAAGAAGAUGCAGAUCUUUGUGAAAACGCUGACCGGGAAGACUAUCACCCUCGAGGUCGAGAGCAGUGACACCAUCGACAAUGUCAAAGCCAAGAUCCAGGACAAGGAAGGUAUCCCUCCAGACCAGCAGAGACUGAUUUUUGCUGGUAAGCAAUUGGAAGAUGGUCGAACUCUUGCUGAUUACAACAUCCAAAAGGAGUCGACACUUCACCUAGUUUUGAGGCUUAGGGGAGGAACUAUGAUUAAGGUGAAGACUCUGACUGGGAAAGAAAUUGAGAUUGAUAUUGAGCCAACUGAUACCAUUGAUCGGAUAAAGGAACGGGUCGAGGAAAAAGAAGGAAUUCCUCCAGUGCAGCAAAGGCUUAUUUAUGCUGGUAAGCAGCUUGGGGAUGACAAAACAGCCAAAGACUACAAUAUUGAGGGGGGUUCUGUCCUCCAUCUGGUGCUUGCACUGAGGGGUGGCAGCCUUUAAGUAGUUAUUUGUCAUGGAGACUCGUUUAGGCUCUAUUUUGUAUGAACUUAUGAGAUACUGAAUGUGUGGUGUGUGGAUAAACCCAAAAAUGUGGCUGGAAACUUGUUUUGAUUAAAUGACUCUAGUGCUUCUUAAUGCUGUUAAUUUGCCUUAUUUUCUUCUA